AUGGCAUCCGACGACAGCAGUCCUCUCCCGACGGAAAAGUCCGUGAUUCAACGUCUCGAGGACUGGGGCACAUCCUCGCUUCCGCCCUCGCUGCUCGCCACCCUCGUCACGGCCCUGCACGCCCGCCCGAUGCAGGCCGUCCCGCUCUUCCUCUUCACGCCGACGCUCCUCUUCUCCUCGUACCUGAAUCUGUCGGGCUUCACCACGGCCAGCGCCGGCCUGACCGCAGCCUGGUCCGGCCUCUACGCCCUCCUGGCCCUGCGCCGCCGCCAGGGCCUGCGCGCCAAGUUCACCCCGCGGGGCGUCGUCCGCGGUUCCGCCAUUGGGCUCGGCGCGGCCAAUGCCGUCGCCGGCGGCUGGGUCUACAUGAAGGGCGACUUCAAGGCGGACGAUGAGCGCCGUCGCGAGCGGAAGCGCUGGACUGGCGAUGUCUCCGGAGCUGUUCCGGCGUCGUGUCGGACCAAUGUCAAAAGUCGGUAUGCUGAGAGAAAGAGAGUUCCCCGCAACUUUGUACUAUAA